AUGGAGCUGAACGAUGCACACUCCCAGAAGUCCGACUGUGCGAAACCACCCCAUGACCGAAUCGCUUGUGAACCACUCACCGCUGGCUCCGCGGAUAUGCCGAUUGCUGAUACUGCCUCUGUUGAUGGACAAAAACCAAUUCUUAGCAAUUAUUUCACAACUGAAGCAACUUCCGAGGAUCCGUUUGAGUCUGUUUUCAGCCAGGAGUUCUCCCCUCCAAAGGCGUACUUCAUGUUAUGCUUCCAGCAAACCCCUGGACAAUACACGGAUGGUUUGAAGCCUCUCACACCAUGCAUAUCACUGGAUCAGUCGACAGCUCUUCGACUGCGGCAACGUGACGCGUGGUUACCGUCAGAGUCCACACGAAAAGCCUUAUUGGACGUCAAGUGCGACAGUUCCACAACAUGUCAGGAGAUCAGACCGAUGUUGUCUAAAGUAGACCCAGAGGGCAAAGAUGCUGCUCAUUUCAAGGGUGAUCCCUAUCGCAUACUGUUGCUUCGGUAUUUGACGGAAGAAUCAACAGUUGAUGCACUCCGUCGUGUCCCUAGUUGCGCGGAACAAACUGCGCCCACCAUUGAAAAUCUGAAGGAGCUAAUCGCCAAUGGAUGGUACCAUGCGGCACUGGAUACCACACGCGGCUUACUGGCCAGUUAUGGUUAUGGACCGGAACAGGGUGGUGCACCACUGACUCCAUUAACCGCCCAGAUCUGGCUUGCACGCCUUGCCUUACUAGUACGUGUGCGAAGUUACGACGUGGCCGAGUGCGAACUGUCUUCAUUUCAGACACUAGAUGCACCGAAUGUAUAUUUUGAACACUCACCAGACCUAUACCCAGAACGAGCAGGCUCUAUUAUUCCAUUCUCCUUGCGCCUUCUUCACGCGGAGCUUCCAUUCUAUCUCAGUCGUUCUGCAGAAGCACUGGAUAGACUAUAUUACCUGUUGGCGGUCAUUCACCGCAUUCAGUGCAAUUUACGAAAAGGCUACACAGAAGACGGAUCAAUGACACAACCUGGAGCGGAUUAUCGUGAAUCUAGGAGAUCUGGAAACGGCAAAAGCAUACUUCGCACAAGCAGUCUCGUACCCGAACCCCAAGAGGCAACCGCAAUUGGCUGUUCAGCAGCUUUUCCACGAGCGGCAAAUAAUGUUGCUGUUUGUUCCCUGUAUCUUGGCCAACUCUCGGAAGCCAUACGUGUUUUGGACACUUUGACAACCACGGGACUGUCCUCCCAACCGUCGGGUCAAGUGUUUGAUUUCCUAACCAGCCUUAAUACUGGAACGGUCGAUCCGGAAAGUCACACCGAUUCCGUCUUUUCCAGUUUACAGCGGCGGUUUUGUUUACACGAUGCAUUAAUUUUCAACCUGGCUGUUUUGUACGAAGUUGAGUCGGAUGGUGCCACGUCUAAAAAGGUUAGCCUUUUACAGCGAAUAGCCCGUCUCCCCGGUGAACCGGUGCACAUAUCCUCGUUCAAACUUCCGAUCACUUAAACUUCUUUUUAUCCAAUCCACCUUCGGCACAUUUUUUACUCAUCUGCUAUCACUACACCCGUGGUUUAUUUGUUCGUCUACAGUUUAUUUUCAAUUUUCGGCGUAAAACAACAAUUUCUCUCCCUAGUUUACUUGAAAACCGCUCUCACGUGAUGGCCUGAGUUAUCUGUGAGUUCUUCUGGUCCCAUUAAUCUUGUAAAUUAUAUGCUUUACAUCGUUGCUCACCCGGUUCACUUCAGCCUACUNGAACCGGUUUUUUGUGUUUCAAAUGAGAGUCUGUCCAAAACAACUGUUACGUUUGUCUAGGGAAUCCGAAGUACGUACAGGAUGACACAUUUUGCCAAUGUAUGUGAAGCUGCUUUUGACACUACUCUGACUAUUAUUAUCCAACGUACCAUCUCGUAGUACACUACAUAGAUUGAUC